CUUGGAGCGAUCUCGGGCCAUCCGAAGUCCUCUCUGCGUGGAGGCCAUCCUGGCCAGCGCAGGGCGCGGGGCUCAAGGCAGCGGGACUCGCGAGCGGCGCUGGCACCUGCCAUCAGAUGGAGGCAAGGCCCGCGGGGCCACUCCCGCGCCGUGCUCCUCCGCCGCCUCCUCGCCACUCGGACGCUGGUCCAGCAGUCACGGCUGCACUCGAUGCCGGCGAGGUGUCUCAGCUGGAUUGGAGGCAGGCUGCCCCUCCGCGCCGUGCCCCUCCGCCGCCCCCGCGCCCUGUGCACGCUGGCGCACCGCUCGUAGCAGCUACUCGGUGCCGGCGAGGGGUUCAAGCUGGCCAGGAUGCGGAGGAAGAGUGGCCGCAGGCCCCAGAGGAGGCUAAGGUACCGAUGCCGCCACUCUUGCCUGGUUUUGCCCUCUUGUGCCGCGGGGGAGGCCCUCGUCGCCAAGGCUGGAUUCGCCUCGAAAUGCUGGUCCGAACGCAUCCCGCGGGAGGUCCGGUAGGGAUGUAGCGGCACCAGUAUCUUCUGGUUUCCCCAAGGCCAGUCCCGCCAGGGCCACUCCGGGUCGUACCCCUCCGUCGUCUCCUCGCCCUUCUGCCGCCGGCGGUCCACCAUGCACGGCAGCGGUCGAUGGCGGCGACGCGUUUCAGCUGGCUGGGAGGCGGAAGAGGAAGGGUCACACGGGCGGUGCACCCGAGCGGCCAACGCAGCCGCGUUUCGACCUCAGGAGGUUUAAGAUCGCGCAGUGCGCAAACCCCACGAAACACGACUGGGUUCAGUGCGAGAAGUUCCACGUCGACAGGCAGAACAGUAAUCCAGACAGAAGGCGUUGUCCGUACGAAUACCGGUACUCGCCGCAAGAGGCCGCGAACAGCGUCGAGAAGAUGUACCACCCCAUGCUGUUCCGCACGCGGAUGUGCUGUCCACACGUGCAGAGUAUCGACACGCAGAAGUUGGCAGCCAUGAGCUUGGAGGACAUUGACGCCAAGUGCAAGUACGGCAAGUACUGCGCGUUCGCGCAUUUCCCAGAGGAGCUCCGUGAUUCGACACCAGAGUCGGACUUCUGCGGCGUCUUCGACUGCACAGCUCAGGCCUCGCCUGGCCCCGGGGCGCGCACCCUCGCCGGCGUGGCGCGCUGGCGCGGGCCGCAGGCGGCGCUGGUGGCUGCCGCCGCCCCCGCCGCAGGCACGGGCGUCGGCGCCUCCUGCGGGGGCUCGUGGGCCGCGGGGGAGGUCCCGCUGCUGGAGUGCUCCAGGGAGCCGGUCGUGCACCGCCUGGACGACCCCGUGGACCGUUUCCACGUCCUGCACUCUGCGCAGUGCUGGGCGGCCAUGCAGAAGAAGGCCGCCGAGAGUGCCUGCUCCCUCCGCCUCGGGCGCGCGGAGCAGGCAGGCGGGGCGCUGGCGGUGCUGGUGUCUGGCAGCAACGGGCUCGAGGCCAUGGUCGCCGUGCAGUCUUGCAUCGCCAGCAGGGCCUGGUCAGACGUUGGUCUCGAAGUCGUGAGGUUUGGCGGCGCGGUGGUCGCGCAGAUCCAGGACGACGUGGAGAAGGAUGUUUUGAAGUUGUGCGACGCCUCCGGCGAACGUCUCUUCUGGGCGCAGGACGGCCCUCUUCAAGCGAAGGAGAGGCCUGUCAGGGCGGGCAAACCCGCCGUCGUGACUUGGUUGGACUUCGACGUUGGCCGUGGCAUGGUCACCAUCCGCUGCGGCAGCAGUGGCGGCGCCGACAGCGGCGCAUGUGGACCUGGCGACAAGGCAAAGGCGAAGAAGACGGCGAAGAAGAAUUCUGAUCUGGUCCAGCACCAUCUGGUGCAGGUCGCUGAGCGGAUCACGAGUUGGCCUGAAAAGAUGCGCUAUUCAGGCGCCGAGUGCAUGUGCUGCCGCGACGAGAAGCUAACCACCGCCCUCAUCCGCUGUCGGGGCGACCACUACAUCUGCCCAGACCCCUGCUUCCGCGAGAUGAUGAGGUCCCAGGACCCGCAGCUCAGGGCACAAUCUUUUCGCUAUACGUGCCCUCAGUGCAAGCAGCCGUUCGAUCAGAAAGAGAUGGCGCAGCAUUUGGAUUCGGCGACUUUCGAGAAGAGUAUGUCGUCCGUCGUCGACAUCCGAGUCAGCAUCCAGACCGAGAGGUUGCAGUCGGACUUUGACAGGAAGCUGCAAGAGAGGAUGGAGCAGGAGCUGGCCAAGUAUGGCGACGCGGACUCCAAGAUCGUGCAGGAGGCGAAGGAGGAGGCGCGAAGGAUCCGCAACACUAUCUUGAACUUGCGUUGCCCAGGGUGCGAUACGGUAUUCUUCGAUUUCACGGGAUGCAUGGCGCUGCAGUGCGAGGUGUGCAAGCAGAAUUUCUGCGCCUAUUGUCACAGGAAGUGUGUCAGCGGUUAUGCCUGCCACGAUCACGUGCGCGCUUGCGAGUACAAUCAGACGCCCAACAGGAGCUACUAUGCGGACGAGGCCCAGAUCAGGGACGCCCAUCGCCGCUACCGUCAGCGCGAGCUGAAGCAGCACCUCCAGCAGUUCAAGAAGCAGAAGCAGAACGCAGUCGUCCUGGAGCUCCGCAAGGACCUGGCCGAUGUUGGGAUUGAUCCCGCCGGGCUGCUGGAGCUAGGCCACAUAGGCCCAGAACUUGCCGAGCGUUGACUCGA